AUGGCUGCCUAUGACCAUUUGCCGUCCAUGCUGCAGCAGCCCCUCCGAGCCGCGAACGCCACGUCGCCUCCCGCCCUGGACAUCCCCUACUUGCUGAGCGAGAGCCUGAUCGCGCUGUUCUCCAUCGUGGGCAACGUCUUCAUCUGCGCCGUCGUCCUACAGAGCAGGAAGCUGCGGGCCGACGUCACAAACUACUUCCUCGUCUCGCUGGCCGUGGCGGACGUCUUGGUUGGGUUGGUGGCCAUCCCUUUUGCCCAGUUUACCAACCUGGGUUUGCCCCGCUACCGGUCUCAGCUCUGCCUCCUGAUGCUGUGCAUGCUGCUGGUGUUGACUCAAGCCUCCGUCUUCGGGCUGCUGGCCAUCGCCGUCGAGAGGUACAUCUCCAUCCUGAAGCCUUUCCAGUACAAAUCCUGGAUGAGCCCCCUCAACUCCCUCCUGGCGAUCUUGGCAUCCUGGGUGCUGGCUCUUCUGAUCGGCCUCCUGCCCAUGAUGGGCUGGCACAAGCCUUUGCCGGCCAGCGGCGAGUGCCUCUUCAAUGACAUCAUCACAAACACCUACAUGGUCUACUUCAACUUCAUGGCCUGCAUGCUGGCUCCUCUGUUGGUCAUGAUGGUCCUGUACGGGCGCAUCUUCCUGGAGGUCAAGCAGCAAAUCCGCAAGGAAGAUGACUAA